GGAUCCCCCUGCGUGCGGUGCUUUAUGUCGGUUUGAUUCGUUUCCUGCCACUUGAAAAUUUUCCUUUUCUUUCUCUAACUUUCUCUCCUGAGAAAACUGUCAGUCUCUCUGAUCAGCACAAAGCAAAGCCACCCACUUCAUUCCCACCUUUUGGAUCAUUUUCCAUAUCUUGAUCCGUUUUUCACUCGAAACUUCACUGCUCGUUUGAGUUCUGUUUGUUUUACAACUUGAGUUGGUUCCAGAUCUUCAACAAAAAUCCAACAAUGCUGGAUCCAAGUGAAAAAGGAUCAUAUUCGGAAGAUCAAAGUUACGAACAUCAAGAAACGAUCUCACCUACCAGAUCUCAAAAUCAAAGCGUUUUCAACGAACAAAUCAAGAAAAUUUGCGCCGAUUGCGGUACUUCUAAGACCCCUCUUUGGAGAGGCGGCCCAGCUGGUCCCAAGUCAUUGUGCAAUGCUUGCGGGAUCCGAAGCAGGAAAAAGAGGAGAUCAAUAAUCGGACUAAAGAAAGCGGAAGAGAAUAAAUCAAAGAAAUCAUCAAACAGCCCUAGAAAUUUAGGUGAUAAUCUGAAGCAAAGGUUGAUAUCAUUGGGUAGAGAGGUUCUGAUGCAAAGAUCAACGCUCGAGAAUCAAAGGAGAAAGCUGGGCGAAGAAGAACAAGCUGCUCUUCUUUUGAUGGCUCUCUCUUAUGGUUCUGUUUAUGCUUAAUUUAUCCGGGCGUCUAACCAUUGUUAAGUGAUUUUUGCUCAAUUCU